AUGGAAGAACAGAAUAUUGUAGAAAAUUUUAUAAAUAAUGAAGAAAAUGCGAAGAAUCAAUCUACAGAUGAACUGAAACAACGAUUGAAGGAACAAAUACAUCAAUUGAAGUCAAUAAUUUUGCAAAUGGAAUGGAAUUUGGAUAUGAUAAAAUUUGGAAAUACUAAAUGUGUUUUUCCUUCAAGCACCAGCAGUGAUCUAAAUACUAAAAUUCCAGAUGUCAAUAUUCAAUUAGAGACUGAAUUACAUAAGUACUCUGGUCUUCAUUGUGUAAAAUUUUCAGCGGAAGAAUAUGUAUUUCAUUUUACACCCCCUAAUAAAUAUGAUAGAGAAAAUAUUUUUGCGGUACAAAUUCUAAAUAACCAAGGCAAAGGAACUUUAGGGAAAUGGGUAAUGCCAAUGGGAAUUGAUUUAAAUGAUAUUGUAUCCGAAUAUCCUAUUACAGAUUUGAGAAAUAUACCGAAUUUCUUGAGAAUCUGUAAGCAACAUGUAAAUGCUUAUUUUGUGCGACAGCAACAAUAUAUUAUAUUGAUGAAUACUCUUUCUCGUUUAAAAAAUUGUAAUUUACAAACUAAUAUAGGAUAUACACAAAUUAAUUUCGAACUGUUGAUGAUGUACAACAAAAAUACUGAUUCGUAUAUAGAUAUAGUUAUAUAUCUCUUCUACAAUAUUGAUGCAGCUAGGCCAAACAAAAUUAAGGUAGAGUCAUUAACACAGGAUGAAUUAGAUAAGGACACACAAAAACAUCUAGAAACAUCGUUAGUGUGCUUUAAAAAAUUUGACUUGCAUAUAGCAUUUGAAGAAAUGUUGAAUAUGAAAGCAUUUACAUGGAUUAAACAAGAUGAUGAAGAUAGUCCAUUGCGCAUUAGUAGUUUAAGCGAUUCAAGUGAUGAAGGAUAUUUAAAUGAUUUCUCAUUGCAACGGAAAUCUUUUAUAGCCCAGAAAAGUAAAUCAAGAAUGAGGAAGAAACGGAAAAGAAAAAACCAGGAUAAGUUGAGUACACCUAAGAUUUCAAGUACACGUGAAUACAGUAAAAGAGAUAUUUCUCUUCAUAAUAAAAAGCAGGAUUUGCAGAAUGUUAAAGAACAACCUGUAAGGCAGCAAGAUAAUGAUAUCAUGGAUCCUACACCGAACAUAAAUGAUUUUAAACAAAAAAAAUUAAAACAGACUAGAUUAAAAUUUCGUUCGAAUGAUUCAGAAUUACAGAAUAAUAAUAAUAAUGCUACAUCUUCUAAUGAACCUGUAUUUAAAAAGAAACAAACAAGUCCACAGAUAGACAAACCGUAUACCAGUACUCCUGUAAAACCAAAUGAACAUCUUUUCAAUUUGAUUAAUGAUAUUAGUGAUAUUACAGUAGAUGUUGCAAAAAAUGAUAAUCCCGAAGAAGAUCAAAUCCAGAAUGAUACUUCAGCAAAACUGUUGCAAAAUAAAAUAGAAAAGAAAAUAAGACCUUCUACUCGAUCAAAAGCCCAGAGUUCAAAAACUGUAGUCCAUAAAAAAACAAAAAGACAAAGAAAAAAUAUAGUGUAA